UGCUAUUUUGGAGGGAGGGGGUUGAUUUAUUGGGUGAAUUGAUAUGAAUUUUUUGAGGUUUGACUCACGUAGUUGUGUGCAAAAAUUGACAUUUGGCACGUCAUGCGCUCACGAUAGAAGAGCUCAUGUGAUUGGCUGAUUGCGCUGGAGACGUCUGAUUUCGACCAAUCAGAAGCCCUGUUAUAUGGUCAUGUGACAGCGUCUGGGCCAGGGAGGUAUUCAGUCUGGGGAAAUUAUCAAGGGACCCAUGGGGCGAAUUUGUUAAAAUCUGAGGGAAUUUUAGAGAAUUUCAAGAGAAAAUCAAGUAGGUCAAUGUGAGUUUUGUCAGCAGAUGUUUUAAAGGCAUUUUUUUGCAGUGAAUUGGUGAAGAACUUUCGUUAAUAGAAGAAGGUGGUGUAAGAAAGUGGCCUAGUUGUCCCUAAGUACGUGUCUGAGCUUUCUGUCAUAUGACCCUCGUCCAAGUUCUCUGUGCAAGUCAGACAUCUUUCUUCUGGGAGAGCGAAUUGGUGUGUAGGCCAUAUUUGACAGUGGAAUCCAAUUUAGUUUAGUGAAGUGAGUGUGUGAAGCGAGUUCGGUUCGCCAGGAUCCCCAAUCUGAACAGCACCAGAGUCCAGCUUGUUCCUCCGACAACCUGUAAAUACUCUCUCGCCCAGACAAGGCCCAAACUGAGAGCAUAGACAAAAUUUGCGAGAGUUUUUUCGUCGUAUAGUCAGGAAGAAGAGAAAAAAAAACAACACACACAGAAAAUGGCGCUGCCAGAGGAAUCACCCGUCUAUGGACCAUUUUUCGGAGUUAUGGGAGCUGCGGCUGCUAUCAUCUUCAGUGCGCUGGGAGCCGCCUAUGGAACAGCAAAGUCAGGAACAGGUAUCGCCGCUAUGUCGGUGAUGAGGCCAGAAUUGAUCAUGAAGUCCAUCAUUCCCGUCGUCAUGGCUGGUAUCAUUGCCAUUUACGGUCUGGUCGUGGCUGUACUUAUCGCUGGCUCCCUGGAAGAACCGAGCAAAUACAGUCUGUAUAAGGGCUUCAUCCACUUGGGAGCUGGUUUGGCUGUGGGUUUCUCAGGAUUAGCGGCUGGGUUUGCGAUCGGUAUUGUUGGUGAUGCCGGUGUCCGUGGUACUGCCCAGCAACCUCGUCUCUUCGUCGGUAUGAUUUUGAUCCUCAUUUUCGCCGAAGUCUUGGGUCUCUACGGUCUCAUUGUGGCCAUCUAUUUGUACACCAAGUAAACGACCAACCGAAUACCACCCCCCUCCCUUUAUAUUUUCACAAGAGAACGAGGAGGAGAAGAAAAUGAGAAAGAGAGAGAAGAGAGAGAGAGAAAAACACAAAAUACAUUACACCAAAAUGAUUUAAGAAAAGAAGAAAAAAAACAUCCAUUAAAAUGUGUUAGGAUUUCUUUUGUUUUUUUUUUUUUUUUGAAGAUGAAUCAUCGGCAGGAUAGAAAAAAAAUAAAACAUUUUAACAAUAGUAUGAAAUUGAAAAUUAAAAAAAAAAUGAAAGAAGAGAUAAUUUAAGUUAUGAGGAGGAGAGUAAAGAAGAAAACAAGUAGAACAAUUUUUUUUCUUUGUCCGAAGAUCCAAAUGAAAGGAAAUUCUCUUGUAUUAAGUGGAAUAUAUAGAAUGGUAAUCUCCUCCUCGUUUCCGAGGAGGAUGAGAUUCCUAAGUAAAAAAAAAACUGAGAGUAUAUAAAUAUAUUUUGUAAAUUUAAUUCCCUUCUCUGCCUUUGUUGUUCCGGAACGAGAAACAUUUGGUGUAAAUCCUUCAUGGUUUUUAUUUUUAUUUUGUAACUUUUGCCCAUUGGUCAAGACAUUUUUUUUUGUUGUAGAAGAGGAAGAAGGUAGGAGGCAGGCACGGUUUUUUUUAUUUUUAAAUUCUUGGGCGAGAAGGUUCCUCCGGAAAAAAGCGCCAACUCAAAGUUUUCACAGAAAUCUGGAGGAUUCUGCGGGAUCCGGCGCGAAUCCGGACAUCCUGUACAGGAGCCAAUCAAUGCGUCGUGAUGCUGAACGCGGAGAUGGACUCUUCUUGGAAGCCCAGAAGGAUCUCGUGCCGGUUUUUUUUGGUGCAAUUGCUUGUGUCAAGUCCUCCUCUUGCUUUCCUUUUAAAAAAAAUCUUCCUGGAUUUCCAGGAGAAAAGUCUUUCAGCACAAUUAUUUUCUAGAGACAAUUCAUUUAAAUAAAAAAAAGUCCCCCAAAAAAGCUCCAAAACAAGAAAAGAAAAAAAACUUGCUGUUUAGUAAAAUAAAAAAAGAAAGAAAUUUUUGCUAGGAGGUAAAGAAUAAAUUGAAUUUCUUUGUUAAUUUCUAUUUUCGUUUUCUUUGAAGAUGAAACCCUAUAUAGUUAUUAAAUAAAAUAUUUUUAGGUAAAUAAGAUACGAAUUAACUUAAUUCAAAAUGUAUAUGUACAGUUUUUAGUGAAUAUGGAGAUGAAAAAAAAAUACAAGAAAUAGUGAAGAAUAUUGAAAUUUUCAAGGUUAAACUUUUUUUUCUAAAAAAAAAGGAAAAUCAUUUUUUUUUCGAAGUUCAGUCAUUUGCUGUUAGGAUUUUUCUUUCGUUUUUCUAUUUCGUGAAUUUUUCCCGACUGAAAAAUAUAAAUUAUUUAAUAAAAAAAAAUACACUUAAACCCCUUUCAUCAGAUUUAUUUAAAAAAGAUAAAAAGAAACUCUUAAAACAUUUAUUUCUCAUUUUUGCUCCCUGAAUUUCACCAACAGAAAAACUUAUUUUUUGAAUAGUUUCCUCGCGAAAAAAAACAAACAACAAAAAACGAGUGAAUUGAAGAGUAAUUUAAAAAAAAAGAAAACAUCGUGAAAGGUGUAAAUAAAUAAAUAAAAAAAAUAUCAAUUGUGUACCGAGAAAAAUAAUUAAGAUGAAAAGAAAAAAAAUCAUACAAAAAUGAAGUUAUAUCAUUAUUAGCUUUCUGUGUAUAAAAAGAAAAUAUGUAACUAAAAGAAAAAAAAACACAAAUUUAUCCGGAAUAUUGAGGAAUUUUUGCUGAAGCUCGAUCUCUUUUGAGUUGAAACAGAGGAUAAACCCAUAAGAAUAUUUUAAUAAAUGAAUAAAGAAAAAACCUUGUAAAAAGGACGUUGAUCGAGUGGUUAUUGAUUUUUUUUGAUUUUUGAUGAAAAAAAAACUAUUAUAAAGAAAUUUUAAGGAAAAAAAACAAGUCGAGUGAGGAUCAAGGGAAGUAGAGAGCAUAUAAAUAGAAGAGAAAGUAGAUGAGAUAAAAAAACUAUUAAAUGCAUAAAAAUACUAUACAAAAAAUAAUUGAUUACAUUUAUCGUCAUUAUUAAAAAAAAUGAGACAAAGAUCGUCAGGGGUCGAAGAAUAUCACUGAGAAAUGAAGUUGAAAAAAAAAGAAUAAAUUUGUACAUUCCAACAACUUAUUUAUCUGUUUAAUCCAUAGACAGCAGCAACAGAAAACUUAUUUAAAAAUCAUCAAGUAUAUAAAAAUGAGAAAAAUUCAGUGUUCAAGUUUAAUUAAACAAUAAAAUGAUUUCAAAUAAA